GAGAGCUCCUUGAAACUUCCGUUCGAAAUCGUUUUUCCUCCCUUCAAGACAAAAUGCAAGACUUACGUUCUCUUUAUGACGCCAUUUCCAGCGAAUCGAAGCAAUCUCAAGUUGAGUUGCAGUCAGCGUACGACUGUCACAUCCAGUACGAUGCAGUCGCUCAGCUAACGUGGUUUGCUAAAUUCAGAGAAAAACUUUAUGUCUGUCAGACUUCAGCUGAUAUCAGCCUCAAUGAGAAAAACGCGCGUAUUCAGGAACUUCUAGACCAGAUGGAUAAAGUGGAUUUUAUCUAUGACGUUUACGCAAAAGGCGAUGCACUGCUACAGACCGUCUCCGAUCCCUUUAAGUCCAAACUCGAAAACCAGUUGGCCAAGUUUGAAAAAGACUGGGCCGAGUUUUGUGGCGCCCUGAUCUCGUGUAGCAACGCACUUCAAGAAUGAGUAGUGAUGACAUGUCAAGUAGAAGAGGAGAGACGUGUAAAGCAUUGAAAGUUUAUGAAGAGAAGUUGGGAGAUUUUCAGUGCAAAUUAGACGCGAUCGUGUCUGUCUCUGGUUCUUUGCAAGAUUUAUCAAUGAAAAUGAAUGAUGUUCAGGCGAUAUGCGAUUGUUUGUCCAGUGAAAAAAUUAAUUUCGAGGAGUUUUGGGCAAAAAGUCGCGAGACGACAAAAGGAGAUGAUUCUUUGGUGGGAAUGGCAGAAGAAUUUGAGGAAAUUAAGGAUUUAUUUGACGUCGUCAUGAAGCAGGCUGUCGACAGAAAAGUCAGUUUAGAGAAGGUCUUCGAAGAUCAACAGGAAAUAGAGAACAGCAUUGAUAGUAUUCAGAAAAUUGUUGAUGACGUUAAACGAGUAUCAUCUUGUGAAGGAGGGGGUAUGGACGAUGAAGAGCUGAAACAACAUUUUGAAAUGUUAAAGGCAAUUGGUGAUCUUCUUGAAUCACAAAGUGAAGCGAUUGAAGUGUUGAAGCGGAAACAGAAAGAGUCUUGCGAAGAUGUUUUGAAGACGUCGAGAUUAAGUCAACUGCUGAAGGAAUACGAAAGUGCGUGGAAUAACGUGAAGGAUCGAAAAACAGAAGUCAUACGUGAAAUAAAAAGUCGAGAGUCGAGAGGAAAAACUUUGAAUGAUUGCGUGCAAACUGUAGAGGAGAACAUCUUGCUUUUGCAAAAGGACUUUGCUACAUGUUUGAACAAAAGCGAAAUGGAAAAAAUAGGAAAAACUUUGGCCAAUCUACGUGAUUGUAUAGCAGUUUUAAAGGAUUUUCGGUCGGAGUUUGAUGUUGAGGAAAGCGAGAACGUUUCCACUCCACACUAUCAGGGAAAGCUAAACGGCCUCAUUGAUCAAUGUAUAACGACAGAGAACGGUCUUUCAAGUAAAUUAUCAAAAUUAGAAAUGGUUUUGAAAAGAAUGGAAGAAUUUUACGAAGAAGUAGAUGAAGUCAACAGUUGGAUGGUCGAAACCAAAGACAUUGUACUCGUUGAUUUUUACUGUUUGACCGAGGAAGAAAGGGAAACAGUCGCUUUAAAACACGAAAAUCUUGCAAAGGAGUUUUAUAUCAUGAAGGAAAAAGUGGAUAAUCUUGUGAAAUUCGGAAGCGAACUUAAAUGUAUGAACUCAGCAGAAUUUGUUGAUGAAAUCGAAUAUAAAAUGACAAAAGUCCUUGAGAUGUGGCGAAAAUUGGAGCAAGUGUUUACAUCCCAGGAGGAACACAUCGAAGAAUGCCUAUGUCAGCAUAAGUCAUAUUAUGACACCGUUGAACAGUUCUGGGACUGGGUUCAAACCAUCGGGGAGCGAAUGAGUGGAGAGGUUGAGGAGUCUGAGCACGAAGACAAUUUGUUGACGUAUCUUUCGAUAUGGAAUGAAACCAAAGUUAAAGCUGACUUGUUCGACGAUGUUCUGAGUUUUGGUCAGAGGUUGUCUGAAAAAUUGCCUCAAGGAGAUGCAAGUGAGAUAAACGAACAGCUUGAACGAUUGAAAUAUGAGUGGUAUUUUUUGAACAGCCAGGUUUUAGAGAGGUUGAAGGAACUUAAUGAGAUUAUGGACGAAGCCACCUGGUCACGAGUAGUUCACGAGUCUGGAGUUAUAAUGGAGGAUUUGGAUCGUGGAUUACGCGAAAAUUUCGGAUUAGCUUUGAUUUGUGGUGAAAGCACUGCGAGCGAAGAGACGGAAAAACCAAAGGACACGAAUGAUUAUGAAAAUGAUGGAGUACUUCAUGUAAAUGGUGUUUUGAAUAAAACUGUAGAUGGCGAAGGUGAAGACAUUUGUAAUAACAACGGAAAUGGGAUUUUUGAAAACGAUUCUAAAAAUGCUACAAACGCGGCUGAAGAUGAUAGGAACGAAAUUGAAUAUGCUGCAAACGAGUCUGAUGCUGAUAGAAACAAGACUACGAAUGUUGAAAACGAGACUGAGGAUGCUGAAAACGAGAUUGAGUAUGCUGGAAACGAGGCUGAAGAUACUAGAAACGAAAGUGAGGAUGCUAAAUACGAUGUUGAAACAUCGUUUAAAAAUACUUUCUCGAGAUUUCUGACCUUCUCGGUAAAGUUGAAGAGUAUCUGAAUGAAGAAGACGAAUUUUUUGAUCUCACUGCGAAAGAGGUGGCACUCCACAUUGGAAGGCGGUUUUUAGACGAACUGAAAUGCAAAGAGAAAGUUGUUCACGAAAUGGUUGAGAUGACACGCGUACGAGAUGAGAAUUCUCCGAAUGAGAAUGUGUUGCAACUGAAAGAAAGAUUUGUGGUUGUAAUGAAAGAGUUGCAAAAGAAUAUCAACUGUCUUGACGUCACUUUGAAAUGUUUUUAUGACUUCGAAGGAAAAGUCGAGGAACUUUCUCUAUUGAUGCUGGAGGUGCAAGGAUUUCUCUACGGGGAAGGAGUCGAAACCAAGGGAUUAGAUAAAGUUUUAGAGUUUGGAAGGCGUUGCUUGAUCAGCAUUGAACACAAGAAAGAAACGUUGUCCGAGUUGAAGAAAGGAGUUGAAAAUUUUACCGAA